UUUUGAUCUCUUCUUGUGUUUUACUACGUUCUUUUUCCUGUCCAUCCCCAUUGAAACAAUCGAGCAUCACUCCUCCUUUUAUUUUAAAAAGAUCUUUCUCUUUUGCUCACGUCUCGUCUCACACAUCUCACACAUCUCAUACAUCUCACUCACGUUUUCACGAUUUCAUACGAUUUUAAGACAUUCCAACGAUUCAACAUCUCACUUUUUUUUUAUUGUCCCAAUUGCCCAGCCCCCCCUUCCAACGUCUUUUCUCUUUUCAAUUCUGAUAUUGACAUUAACAUUAACAUUAACAUUAAUAUCGCUACAAAGGGUCUUUCCACUUUGCCCUUAUUCCCUAUCCUAAUCCCUCACCCCUCCCCUUCCCUCUCCUCCUUUGACCUCCUCAUCUUUGACACGCUCACGACCAAAAGAGGAGAUUUCCGCUGUAUUAUAUUAAACAAUCAACUUCGUCAUGGGAAACGGGACAAGCAGAGAUCAGGAAGAUAUCUUUAACAAUGAAGUUAACCUCUUCCAAUUCAAACUACUCAGGGUCAUUGGCCGAGGAUCGUUUGGCAAGGUCCGCAUGGUAGAGAGGCGAGAGACAGGGAAGAUCUAUGCACUCAAAUACAUAUCAAAGUCCCAGGUUAUAAAGAUGGAUGCCGUCAGGAACGUAUUGCGCGAACGGCAGAUCUUAGAGACACUAGAUCAUGCCUUUGUAGUCAAUAUGCGUUUUGCAUUCCAGGACGAUGAAUACAUGUAUAUGUGUAUGGAUCUAAUGAUGGGAGGCGAUCUGCGGUUCCAUUUGAAUAGGCAACAAUUUGGUGAGGAUGUGGUUCGGUUUUGGAUUGCAGAACUCUGUUCAGCCAUUACACACCUUCACUCUUUAGGGAUUGUACAUCGAGAUAUAAAACCCGACAAUGUUCUUUUGGACGAAAAGGGACAUGCUCACCUGACCGAUUUCAACAUUGGAUGUAAACUUACCCCUCAGAAACCCUUCUUGACUUCACAAUCAGGAACAGCAGCCUAUAUGGCCCCAGAAGUGUUUACAGCAUCCGGAUAUGGAACGAGUGUUGAUUGGUGGGCCCUCGGCGUGUUGUUUUAUGAGGCCAUUUACAGCAAACGACCCUUUCAGACUGAUAGUGUUAAUCAACUCAAGAAGGCUAUCCCAACUCAACAGAUAGAAUAUCCCGAAAAGGAUGGACUCUCACAGGAGUGUAUCUCGGCCAUGCGUGGAUUUCUUACAAGAGAUGUCAAGGAGAGAUUGGGCAUCAAAGGUGGAAUGGAUGCAAUUCGACAACAUCCUUUUUUCCUAGCUGGAGCAUAUCAAGGAAACCCCGAUAACUGGUGGUAUAUGCUAGAGUCAAAGCAGUUGACACCAAAAUUCCAGCCUUCAUCAGAAUAUAACAACUUUGAUGCCACUUACGAUCUAGAAGAGCUGCUGCUGGACGAUGAACCUCUGACCUAUAGAUCCACUCGCAAGAGAGCACAGAGGAUGCAGAAGGAAAAGGACAAGGCAUUGAAGGAAGAGAAUGCGCGGUUGAAGGCAGAACAUGAGGCUGCAAUUGCGGCUGCAGAUUUGGCGAUGCAGGCUAUGGCUGUCUCUGCAGACGAAUACAAUAGCCAUCACCUCAGUCACUACAACAAUAAUUAUAAUAACAGUAACAAUAAUAAUAAUAAUAAUAAUAGCAACAAUAGCUGGGAAAAUUCACAGCAAUAUUACCUGCAGCAGCACCAAGGAUCCAAGGACAAAGCUCAAAAGAUUGCAAAGAAAAAAUCAAAAGUCUUUUUUGGCAGUGGUGGUGGUGGAGGAACGGGAGGACCGGGAGGACCGGGAGGGAAGGACAGUGAGAACAAUAGCAAUACGAGUAGUGCAAACAGUAGUCAUAUUCACUUAUCGCAACCACUCUCGACAUCCCAGCCAUACUUGCAAUACCAACAACAGCUGCUACAACAGCAGCUGCAGCAACAUCACACAGCACAACAACAGACAAGAUCACAGCAGCAGUCGAUACCCAAAGUUUCUGGAGAAGGAUCAGGUAGUGGACGGGGAAUGACCAUACCAGCAUCACCACCGCCGCCAUUCCCUAUGCCUCCUCCUCCCUCAGCCUCCCGUCAAUCAGGUCAAUAUAUUCGCAACCAAGUCCAUCACGGCUUUUAUAACAACAGUGGGACAAGCAGUAGCAGUGGUAGUGCCCGCCAUUAUUCACACAUGGGUACCUCCUUACCAUCGUCACCCAUCCAGGGCUACCCAUCAAACUCAUCCCAAUAUCAUCAACCACAACAACAGCAGCAAAGCUCAUCUUAUCCAUCCAAACCCUCGCUCGAACAUCAAGGACUGAACUCCCCUGUCAGUACUGCUGCAGCAUCCGGAAGCACCGUUAGCGGAUAUACUUAUCAGAUCUCAAACCAACAGAGUAGCCAUGGGGUCACUGCCAUAUAUCUGUCCAAGCCCGCGGUCCCAUCCUCUACAUCUUCGUCUUCACCAUCGGGGAAAAGAGGCCAUAACCACUCGUCGUCACAUAAUACUCCUGCUCAGUUUCAACACUUCAAGUCUAAAAAAGCAUAUUACGAUGAGAAUGAUGUAACAGGAAGAACUUUCCCAGGCCAACCACCGGUGCCGACCUCAUCACAGUAUCAUGCUCAAUAUCAGCAGCAACAGCAACAGCAACAGCAACAGCAACAGCAACAGUAUACAUCCACAUCGACAUCCUCAUCCUCGUCCCUUAGUGGUAGUGGCGGCGGAGGAAAUCCUUUACCUCAUCCGUUGCCAAUGCGAGGCACGACACCACUCCAACAACAGCAGCAGCAGCAACAACAACAACAACAACAAAGAAUAGGUGGAUAUCAGCAACAACAACAACUGCCACAUUCACCAACAUCUCAGCGUCAAUCAUCUCCUGCACCUAUCGCUGCCGUUGCCGCUGCUGCUGCUGCCAAUAAUAACAAAAGUCCUACUGCUGCGGAUGCUGCACCCUUGACACCACCAAGCAACAUGUCACGAAAAGAAAAGAUUGCAUACCAGAUGGCGCUGAUCGAUCGCGAAUUCACGACAUUUGAUUAUACAGUUUAUGAGAACUAUAAUGGACUAGUCGAUCCUGUGACAAUGUCUGUGGGUGACCCACCAGAAUGGGUGCGUAGUCGAGAUCAGUAAAAAAAAGAGACGCAAAGGUAGUUAAUGGCAUUAUAUUUAAGUCUGAAGGAUACAUGCAAAUAUUCAUGUAGGUAUCCGUACAAGGAAGGGAGACAGAUUUUUUUUAUAGCACUUUUUGAUUUUCAUUUUCAUUUUCAUUUCGCUUUAUUUUAUUUUAUUUAUUUACAAUACUGCUAUGAGGAAGAGAAGGUUCAUUUAAUAAGAUGAAGCAGAAGGAGGUAUUGGGAGAAUGAAAGUCGUAAUUACAUUAGAAUAUAUUAGAUUUUUUAAAAAGUUAUUUAUUGUACCAUAGUGAUCUGAAGCCAUCAUAUAUAUAAAUACACUAACGCACAAAACU